CUCUCCCGGCUCUGCGCCCCCGGGCUCGCUAGCCCCGCCGCCCGGAGAAUUCGAGUUGAUAAAUGGACCCUAACCUCGGCCGGAAGAAACCAGAAAGGAGACUUCGUGAUCUUUGUGAGAGUCUCCACGCCCAGCUUUGCGCCCUGGACGCGGGAGUAGCGCGGGUUCCCUGAGGCGAGUCGCUUCACCUCCCGGAACCUCAAUUUCCAGUGUGAGGUCCGUGGUCCCCUGAGCCUCAGUUUCUUCCAAAAUGGUGAUGGCAGAUACUCCCACCGGACUGCUUAGUGGAAGCCAAGCUCCUGUUGCAUUGAUUACAAAUUAAAUGGGGAAGGUUCAUGAACCACCGAGUACCCGCCCACAAGAGGUACCAGCCCACUGAGUACGAGCAUGCAGCCAACUGUGCCACCCAUGCUCUCUGGAUCAUCCCCAGCAUCGUCGGCAGCUCCAACCUCUACUUCCUGUCUGACGACGACUGGGAGACCAUCUCUGCCUGGAUCUACGGCCUCGGCCUCUGUGGGCUUUUCGUGGUGUCCACCGUGUUCCACACCAUCUCCUGGAAGAAGAGCCAUCUCAGGAUGGUGGAACAUUGCCUGCACAUGUUCGACCGCAUGGUCAUCUACUUCUUCAUAGCGGCGUCCUACGCGCCCUGGCUGAACCUUCGGGAGCUGGGCCCCUGGGCCUCCCACAUGCGUUGGCUGGUCUGGAUCAUGGCCUUGGUGGGCACCAUCUACGUCUUUUUCUUCCAUGAGCGGUACAAGCUGGUGGAGCUGCUGUGCUAUGUCGUCAUGGGCUUCUGCCCCGCCCUGGUCAUCCUCUCAAUGCCCAACACCGAGGGCAUCUGGGAGCUGAUGACCGGAGGGGUCUUCUUCUGCUUGGGCACGGUGUUCUUCAAGAGUGACGGGACGAUCCCCUUUGCUCAUGCCAUCUGGCACCUCUUUGUGGCCUUUGGUGCUGGCACCCACUACUAUGCCAUCUGGAGGUACCUCUAUCUACCCAGCACCCUGCAGGCCAAGGUGUCCAAAUGAGGUGGCCCAGACCACACAGGACAGAGCAUCAUGAAAAGUGUGUCUGUGAACUUUGGUCCAGAGCACAGCACCCAGGCCCGUCUGCGUAUCCACGGGCAGAGUUUUUGAUGGGUCCAGGGCUACUUCUGGUAACAGCCAGAAUGUUCUUAGGGUCCCAGGUGAGAAAGAAAGCAUUUAGUCAUUUUGACAGAGGAGAAAUUAACCCUGUAACGUGUUUCUGUUCUAGGCAAGUGUUUCCUAAUACAACCAACAUUAACAUCCUCAGAAAAGGGAGCAGACACUGUCCUGGCAAAUGGGGGGACCCCUGGGCCCCUAUACGCUCUUUAAGGUCCUCAGAAGUCUAUUAGGGAGUUGGUGGAUUGUUUGUAUCCCGCUGGCCAGGGCCGCCUCUGCUACCAAAGUCCUGGCUGGGGAAUUGUUUCCCUGUUCAGGGAAAGUCACCCAUCCGUGACCAUAGCAGACAUCACCAAUCAACUGCAGCAUGGUGCGGAAUCAAGAUUCUUCUCUGGGAGGUGCUCUGGGCAGCCACAACCUGUCGACUCAGCACUCAUGAUGGCACCCCUUAGCCUUUCCUGUCUGAUAUGCUUUGCCGGGGGGAUCACAGCCAGACCAGUUAAAUGUCUCCACGUGGGGGAGCCUGCUUAUCUCCUGACACGACGCCUGUCCCUGUUGGGGAAACUCCUGGAGUGGGCCAUUUUGGGGCACUGAAGGGAGACUGAGGCAGACGGCAUGAGCAGCCCCGGCCUUCUGCUCCACCAUAGCUGAUUCUCUGUACAGAGGAGGAGUGAGUUGGUUGGGGAUGGGGAAGUGGUUACUUAGCCAUUUCUUCUGCUAAAAAAAUCCAGAGAAAUUAUCAGAGCCAUUCGUUCAGGGGGGCAGGCAGAUCCCAGGGACUUGCUCACCUGCUCCAGAUUUAGGGCUUGUGGUGCCAGCAUUCGGAUUCUUGCUUGGUGCCAAUCAGUGGCCCUUGGAAGCUCCUUGGAUGAGCCCCAGAGGGAAGGCCUCGCUAGUUUGAUAGGGAUCUGGGCAGAGCGUCCCCAGUGUUGGGGUACCCCCACCUCUGAACUCCCUAGGAGCCCACUGACAAGGCUUCCAGGGACCUGUCCUUGUAGCGUCCCCCAGGCCUGGGCUGGCCCCUCUGUAGCUUACACUUGGACAUUUACUGGGGACGGAUCCAGGCCCAGCUCCUGAGCUGAGUGGGAAUCUGGGAAUCUCUGAAUCAAGCAUCUCUCAAGGUAGACAGGCCUCAGGCUACAACUCCUAACCAGAGUUGGGUGGGCCAAGACAGGAUGCCUUAUGCUUAGUUCUAGCACCUUCCAAGGUAUUUCAGGUUCCAGCAUCUGGCCCAUGUACCGAAGCCAGUAUUAAAUCAUCAGACACAUUCCUCAGGCGGGUUCUGAGCUGGCAGAUGCUUUGGGGGUAAGCUUUGUCCCCUUGCCGUGUGCGUAUGUGUGUGUGUGUGUGUGCGCGUGUGUGCGUGCUUGUGUGCGUGUCUACACUGGCACUCCCAGAUUCUGGAAGUUGCCUUCGUCUGGUCUGCCCACUGUCAGUUGGGGUCAGGGUGGGAGGUUAGGGUGGGGAGAGGAAGCUUUGUGGGGGAGGGCCCCCUAGGGAGGGGCUUGCUGGUGAUGGGGGGGGACAGGGACACUGCAACAGUGAUCUGUGCCUGGGCCUGAGGUAGGGGGAGGGGUUCAUGUUUGCUCUGGGAAGCCAGUCAGGAGAUCUCCCAGAGUGCGGCCCCAGCACCAUGCCAAGCUGCUGUCCAUGAAGGUCGUGUCAUUGAGGUGCUGAUGGCACAAGGCCCUGUUACAGGACCGGGCUGGCUGGCCUGGGACACUGACCUGGGACAUCUUUAGUGGCUCUGGAGCUGAGCUCCUUAUGUGACACCUGCAUCUCCGUCGCCCCGCUCCUCCUGGCUACCUGAUCUUGCAUUUUCCCCAAGACAGCCUGCCCCUUCAUGAGGUGCUAGUUCACCCCUCAUCCACCCAUCUUAUUUCUCCAAAGCCCUGCUCAGGCAUCAGUAUCGAGGGACUUCUGGCCUUCCUCUGACUUAGCGGCUCCCUCCUGCUUCCCCCCUAACUCCUGCACCGUGCUUACCUGCACCGUGCCUUGGAGCUCUAUCCUUCAUCACCCCGGUCCCUGCACCUGCGCCCCACCCCAGGCGCUCUUUAAGGGAGGAGCUGUGUCUUGCUGGGCUUGUCAAAUCUGGCUGCUUCUGUUUGUGAGGCUUGGGCCAAUUCUUAACCUCAGUGUCCUCUGCUAUAAGAUGGGGAUUGUAAGGCAGCCCCUUGCAAGGUUGCUUAAAGAUUCGGUAGGGUAGUGAAUGUGGAACACCCAGCCUGGUAUGCUAAUUGGCUCCCUUAGCUGUCCACUUGGGAAGCAACCUUUGAUAAUGAAGAUGACCCUUCCAGGAGUGUCAGCUGUGCUGGCCAAAGCAAUGAAUCACUAAUGGUGGAAUUUCCGACUGUGGACAGGCUGGUGAGGACACUGUUCUGUAGGGCUUGACCUACAUUCCUUCCUCUGGCUCCUCUUCAGGAUGUUCCCCAUGAACCCUUUUUCUUCCUCAGCAUCAUUGUGAAAGUGCGUUUCCCAGCAUUCCAUUUCACCCAAACCUAGGCCCUGGACCUCCUCCAAAAUGUGUCACCAACAAUGCAGGGAAGGAAAAGAUGUUCCUCAGGCCAAUCCCUCCUGUGGGUAAGCAUUCCAGUCUGCGCACUGGGCAUGUGGGGUGGAGAGGGCAGGGCACUGGGAACCCAGAUGCCAGCUCCCUCUUCCUGGCCACCUUUGAGGCUGUCGUAUGACAGGGCUAUCCAGCAAAGCGGCUGUCAUGCCCCAGGGAGCCAGGGAGGAGGUCGGCAGGCCUCUUCGACACUCGGGGUGCUUCCGCAGCUGCUCCUGAGUUAGGCAGCACUGCUGGGGUGGGGUGGGGGACAGGCCUGGAGGUGACAGCCUGCUGACCGAGUCCCUUGGCCGUCAUCAGGGCCAGCCAAAGCAGGUGCGCUUGCUUGUGGAGAGACCUGCCUGCCAGCUGGCAGGAUUUCCCUGACAGGCCCUGAGCAGAGCUUGCCAAGGGCCGUCCCCAGGGCCAGCAUCCUCUCAGGCCAGGGGGCUUUAAGCCAACGGACCAGAGCCGCCUUUUUCCCUUGAUUGGAAAUUGUGCAUAGGGUGGGAGCAGGGCUGAGCGGCCUUCUCUCCAUCAGCAUCCGGUCAGGCUGGGGAGAACCCUAGGAAAGCACUGUGCGGGGGCGGGAUGAGAGUUGCGAGUGGGCCUAGACGGAGGCCCGCUUUAGGUGGUGGGAGGGGGCCCCGUGCAGUGGGGUGACGUGGUGGGCUUCCCAAGAGUGCUGCUGUCCUGGGUUUUCAGCGCACCGGGCUCUCUUCUCUAUAUUCGUCUGCAAACCUGCGGUGCUCCGAAUGUUUUCCCACAGCUCGGCUGAGCCCCUGCAUUUGUGGUCAGGCCCCCAUUGGGAAGCAGGGGCGGGGGACAGCUCAGGCGCUAAGAGGGGCAGGUAGAGCUCAGAGGUCUGGGAAAUGAACCUAGUGACUUAGUCAAGAAGGCACUUGUCACCUUUGCCACCACACACUGUGCAACCAGGUGCUGACAGGUGGGCUCUGGGAACCACAUCGUGGGGUCCUGAAAGAACCUGUGGCCGUCCCAGCAGCCGGCCCCACGUGAGUACACAAACACUCGCGGGUAUGGCCCACCGCAGGCGUGGGGGAAGGAGCAGAAAGCUGGGGAGGCAGAGGGGGCCUGUCCCGGGGGCCGGUCUCUGUGCUGGUGGCUUCAUAGACGCUCUGUCCGUUGAUUGACACAGUCCCCUCUGUGGGGUAAGGAUUAUUAGCUGAUUUUACAGAGCAGGAAGCCAGAGCACAGAGAGGUGUAGCGACUUCCCCAAGGGCACCCAGCAUGUAACCCGCAAAGCCAAGCUUUGAAGCCAGGACUGUCUAACCUCCAAGUGUCAGGUCCCACGGCCAGAUCGCCUGUUUCCAAAGACACCCACUGCCCCUCUGUCUGUCCUCCAGGGAGGAAUGCUGGGCUGAACAUUUUUAAUGAUUGAAAAACAAAACACUGGUAUGUAGCACUUGCUGAUUUCCAUGGUGUAAAUACUCCUGUGGCCGAUUUCAGGCGACCAGGGUGACAUCACUGAAGAUGUUGUGGGAGGGGAUGCCCGUGUCUGGCCCUCAAAAGCCCACACGGGCCUGCGCGGCACACCACUGCCCCACUGCUUCCCGCCUGUGCCCCUCAUGGAGCUGGCCAGGGGUGCCCGGGAUGCCGAGCUGUGAGAACACUCCAGACGCUGUGUGGGGCCAGGCCUGGCACUGAGCUGCCUGCGCGCUCCGCCGGGGGUCUGGAUCCUAGCGCCAGGCAGACCUGCUCCGGCUGCGGCCCUACCCAGCACGCAAGAUCCUUGGCUCCCUAGGGUUUGGCCAGGGAACCUUUGCGGGGAUUUGCUGAACCUCAGAUCCUGGCUGCCACAUGCCUAGGACUGCUGCUGAGUCAGCAGGUCAGGGUGGUGCUCUGGAGUCUGGACACCAUUCUGGAAGCCCCGCUCCAGAGCUCGUCUACUUUGAGGUCCUGCCCCGCAUGUCAGUGAUGGGUUUCCCGAGUAAGAUUCCAGAGGACAGACUCGCAUCUAGGGGCGGGGGACCUAACUGCCGCUUUUACUUUGGGCUCACUUCAUUUCCUAGAUUCACAGUAUUAAUACCCCUCAGCAGUCUGUGUUUCUAGACAGGCCGUUCCUGAAACUGGGCUCUGUCCCUAAUGUUUCACAAGCUCUGUGCCAAGCCCUGUGAAUUACGUUGUCUUUACGAGCACUCUGCGAGGUAGGGGGACCCCAUUUUACCGAUUUGGAGACUAAGGAUCAGAGUAACUCAUCCAAGGGCACACAGCUAGUAAGUGGCAGCUCUGGGCUCUCCCCCACUCCACUGUCUGCUCCCUAAGACACUGGCAAGUCCAGUUUAGGGUUCCCAGCCUGUGGAUAGGAGCAGUUGAAAUGCUGGUGGGCUCCAUGUUUUUGCUUCAGCUGGCCCGUGUGCUCUGAACGGUUAUACCGAAGGUCUGAGGCUUUGUUCACUGGCCCUAUGUUCAAACUAGUGUUGGAGAUGCUGGCAGAAGCUCCCAGUCAGGCUUUCAAAAGAUGCUCAUUUGGGAGAAUGUGUAGCCAUAUGGCUCCUAGUGGCAGGGUGGCUGGGAGGAGUGCUGCUGCCCCAGCCCUGGGCUUACUCCCAGGACAUUCUCUGGCCCGAGGCUAUAAGGCUCAGCCCAGGAACUGGAUUCCCUUGAAGGGCUCCAAGCCACAUGUCCCCAUGGGACACCCUGCCUGUGCACAGGUGCUGGGCAGGGAUCUGUGGACCCCAGGCUGGGAGGCUAAGUAGCGGGACCUUGAACAUGAGGCAGGAGGGGUGGGACAGCUCGGUUUUGUACCCAGAGAGUGGGGGUGAGAGCAGAGGAGUGACAUGCCCGGGGCACAGAGCCGGGGAGAGCGGGGCCCCUCCCACACCUCUCUCUUUCCUUCCCUGGGCACCGUGGCCCGUCUUGCCCCCUCCAGCGACACAACGUGCAGAAUAUACGGCCUCUCUCACGGCCCGGCACAGGUGGCGUGGGGCCUCUGGGUCUGGCAGGGGGGAAGUACCAGCCCUCCCCCGUGGCCUUGUUUCCCACAUGUGAAUGUCGUGCACUUGAGCUUGCCACUUGCUGUGUGACUGGGGGCACAUUACUUACCCUCUCUGGGCUUCCAUCUGGUCAGCUGUAAAAGGAGCUGGUGGUCCAUUUCCAGACUGGGCAUGUCAGGGAUGGGCGCAAAGCCCAGACUGGUGGGCUGGGCUGGCUUGACUUGGCACGGCAGACGCUGCCCCAGUUUGAGGUGAGGUCCCCUGGGGGAGCGGAGGGUGGUGGACCCAGCUUCUCUGAGCAACACUGAGACCCCCGUCCAGUCACAGACUCCUCGGAUGGAUACAACGUAGGGAAAAUAAACCCAAACGGGCUGAGCAACACCAGCCACCGUGUAAGGGAGUGCUGUCUGUAUAGCAGCCAUUAGGUGCAGACGGCUAAGGCAAUUAAAAUGGAAUAAAAAUAAAAACUCAGUGCCUCAGUGGUACUAGCCACAUUUUAAGUGCUCAAUAGCCACAUGUGGCCAGAGGUUACCGUUUUGGACAGCACAGAUAAGGACAGUCUUCACCCUCCCAGAAAGUUCCAUUAGACAAUGCUAGCAGAUCAGUGUUUCUCAAACCUUUUUUUUGGUUGUGGAAUCACUUCGUACUCUUAAAAACUGUUGAGGAUACCAAAGAACUUUUGUUAUAGCUACAUCUAAUAUUGACAUUCACAUACUAGAAACUAAAACUGGUAUAAUUUGAAAGUACCUAUUAAAUCACGCAAAGAUAAACUCAUUACACGUUAACAUCAGUGACAUAUUUUUCUAUUAAAAAUAACUAUUUUUCCAAACAAAAAGAGACUUAGGAGGAAGAGUGGUAUGGUUUCACGUUCUUGCAAAUCUCUUGGACGUCUGACUUAGCAGAAGCCCACAGGGCUCCCCUGCCUGUGUUUUCGUGAGUGUGUGACCAUGCCAUAGUCUCUGGAAACCUUUGCCGGAAGACAGGACAAUGUCAUAGUGUUAUUACGAAAACAGCUUCCCCUCGCGAGCCCCCGAAAGGACCUUGGGAGACCAACAUCGUGGAGAACCACUGAUCUAGACUUUUCCCUUUGUUUUAUAACAGGUCACAAAUGCCGCGCAAGGGGUCGAGAUCUCAGACCAACACUCUCUUCGUUUCAGCCCGUUUUGGCUGAACCUGGAGACGUGGGCAGGACGGGGAGGCAGGAGGGGUGUGAGCAACCGUCUGAGCGCCCGGCUGAGGGUGGGCCUGCAUCUCCACUGACCAUGCUCAGUGCCCAACUCCAUACCCUGUGCUUGGUCAGUGCUCCAUGCACAUUUGUGGGGGGAGCAGGGAGGGCUUGGUCUCCUCCUCUUCCGAGGUUGGGAAGGUAUGGCUAGGGAGCCUCGUGGAUAUGUUAGCCCUUUGCAUCUAGGGCUGGGCAAGUUCCCAACCAUGGUCCGCGUGGACACUGCCCUGGCCUUUACUCUUGGCGAGUCUGAACAUCAGAGGACAAGCCGGAGUGCUAGUAGGGGGCUCCUGGGCUGAGUUUUCCCAACUCUGGUCUGUAGUGGGUUUGACUCUGCUCUGGGGGGUCCUAUGCCUGGGCACUGCCCAAGAGCUGGUUUAUCUGGAAGAUUUGGAGCAGCCAGCUCCAGCUUCAGCAUGGGGCGUGAGCUGUGGAGGAGGGAGGGGAGCACGGACCUGUUCUGCAGGUGGUCUAGUUGGUGCGGGGGUGCAGAAGAGGGAGGUGCGGGCUGGGGAGGGGUCCCUGCCCAUGGUGUGGCUGCUCGGGCCUACAGCAUGCCGUCCAACACUGUCCACUGCCUGUGGGAGACAGGAAGCCCUGGAGGUAUUGGGGUGCUCUGCAUGCUUCUGGCAUCCUGGAGACCAGUGUCAAAUAUCCCGGGUAUGGCAAGUCGUUCAACCAUGAGGGCUGUGACAUUGGCCUCGGUGGCAAUGUUGACACCACGGGAAUCAGCAAAGGCUACAGAUCAGAGCCCAGUAUUUCUGGAGAGUUUAUUUUACCGGCGUGCUGCCGGCCUGGGUAUACCUCUCCGCAUCACACCCCCCUCUUUAUCACCGUGGCAGGCAAUACACACAUGGUUCUGAACGUGUGCCCAUUCACGUUCUUACAUGCUUCGCCCAGCAAAACCGGCUAGACAGGGACACUGAGGCCGUUUGGAGAGGCUGCGUGCUUGCCCAAGAUCAUCCAUGGUGCCGGGCAGGGCUGGGGUCCACGUCAUGGCCCUGGGGUGUCACAUCCUCCUCCUUCCGCUGUCUUGCUCCCCAAGAACUGAGCUCUGGGGUAGGGCAUGAGGCAUCUCCUUACUACCCUCUGGGGCCCUGUUCUUCUGACUCGAGCGAUGCCAUCCUUUGGCGGCUCCGUUCCUGCCCUCAGUCAGUUUUGCCUGAGCCCUGAGAGGCCUGAGGAGGAAAAGCGGGUGUUCUCUGCUUCUGCCUUUGGGAACUAGCCAAGGCUGGGACUCUUUCCAGGGGGCGAGGACACUGGAGCCCAAUGCCUCCCAUGGGGUCUGGCCGCCAUUGAGCCCUGAGCUGGGGAGUGGCCCUUCAUCACUGGGGCCCAGUGGGCAGUGGGGUGCAGCCACGGCUGGUUAGCCCAGGUUUUCGCAGAGUCUCUCUGCCCACACAGCCUCAGCUCACAGGUGUCCUGACACCUUAUCUUUGUAAAGUCGGCCUCAUGAUGGGCUCUCAAACCUACCUGUACCCUCGUUGUGGCGUUGGGGCGGGGUCCCACAUCCCAGCUCCGGCCCAUCAUGAGGAUCGGGCUGCAGGCUGCAUGGGUCAGCUGUCCUCCAUUUAUUCCCAGACCUCAGUGUUUUCCAAACCUUUUAGAUCAUUACCCAUCAUAAGAAAUGCAUUUUACACUGUGAUUCCAGUUUACAUGUCCGUCGCUGAAACAGGACCUACUUGUGGGAUGCACUGGGGGGUUUCCUACCCUGCCCUAGCCAUCCUACCCUCAAGUUGCUGAUUGCAACCCACUGAAUUACUUCCAUCAGCUCUGGAUAUUGUUCUCGGUGAUUCGGUCCUGGGAAGGCGUGGGCGUGGGUACUAGGUACUUAGUGCCUAUUUGCGUAAUUGGCGGG